CUCUUGAUAUUUUCCUUGGUGCUGCAUUGCACUGUGGGUAAUUGUGAUGAUUCAUUUCACCUGCUGGUCACAGCUGCCUUCAGAGACAUGUGUCCUGGCCUUUGUUCUGUGUGACGUCUUGUGACGCUGAAGGACUUCAUCAUGUGGAAACGAGUUGACAGUUCUCAGUCCAGCAGAGAGAUGAUGUCAAAGAAAUCAACUCUUCAGAUUUUACCCUGCACCGUGUCACAGCUUCUGUCUGCCUCUCACGUCGGCAGUGGUAACUUUGUAAUCGGUGACUGUGAACUCUUCCAGGUGUCUGUCGUGGGCGUCGUCCGAGGAUUCGCUCCGUUCGUGACCUUCAUGGAGUUCUCCGUGGACGACAUGACCGCUCCUCCGGUCAAAGUCAAGCAGUGGGUGAACUCGGAGGACUGUGCGAUGGUGAGCGUCGCUUCUCCUGGAUCGUACGUGAAGGUUACAGGGAGUCUGCGCAACUUCAACGGUCAAAGGUCACUACUGGCAAUGAACAUCCGUUGCAUCAAGGACCUGAAUGAGAUCACGUCCCACAUGUUGGAGGUGAUUCAGGCCCAUAUGAAGCUUCCAGUGAAGGAGUUUGACGUGAACAUGAACUCUCUGGUCUCACAGUCUGGACGCUUUGUCCAAAGUAUGUCCACCAUCCAGGACCAGGUCAUCCAUGUGAUCAGAACGUUCCCCGACCAAACCGUUGGCAUCAGUUUUGACGACCUGAGGACGGAGGUGAACCAUAUCGCCGUGGCAGACAUCAGAUCAUCGCUGGCUUUUCUUUUAAACGAAGGCCACGUCUUCACGACCAUCGAUGAGUAUCACUACAAGACGACACUUUGAACCAUUUUGGUGAAACCUGGAAGGCAGAUGGUCGGCAGUAUAUUUUCUCUUUAAUGUAUUUAUCAUUUACUCAAACCAAUAGAAUUAUGUGCUAUGAAAAAACUUAGUAGUUCAUGCCUGUGAUGGGUUACUCAGUUAUUUGACCCAGUUUAUUUAUGAUGCUGGUUUGUGUGGACACUUGAAUACUGCCUAUAAAGAUCAUCAAAUGAUGUAUAAUCUUGCCUUUUUUCU